AUGUCGAUUGAUGUACACGAUGACGUCAUUUCCGGAUUUCUCGUGCACUACACUCGGACGCACUACACGGUAUUUCACCCGAAUCAACACCGUUUGAAGCGUGGUCGUAUUUCAUACGAUACUCCGUUGACGCUCGGCAAAUACUACUAUUUUGAGCAUAAUAAGGUACCGAAAUGCCGUGAGAGAGCCUUCAAAAAAAGCAUCGAGUUCUUUGUUACAAGAACAAAUGAAAUAUAUGCGAGAUCGUGGGCAGUCAGUCCGGGACGAUAUCUUCCGCAGAACAUUCAAGAAAAGUUUGAGGGAAAAGUGUGGGCCCCUUUUUUUGGCCUUCUCAAUGAUCAAAAUGACAUGUUCGUGAAAAAAUUCGGAGUUUGUGGACAAGGAGGAAUUGUAGUCAAGUUUGUGAAUAGACCGAAUGAAAUUUUCAAGAUCAGGAAUGUAGAAAAACGUGAAUAUAAUUUUGAGAUUUCACAACAACCGAUUUGGAAUGAAAUAUGCAAUUCGAACUCGUCAGUUGAAGAUUUCAUUCGACAAACCCGUCUCCACCACUUUUCGUGCGCCAGAUUUGCAUUAUGCGUUCAAGAAGGAGCACCAAACCGACGUUUCAAUGCUCAAAAUAAAGGUUCUUUUCCAAAAUGUUCUCACUUGAUCAAUAAAACAUAUGGAGCUGUCAGAUCAAUGAGAUAUGGAAGGGUAGGAGUUUGGUACCAGCACUCCUUCACCAUAAAUAAUAAGAUCUCCAGAAGAUAUUCAAUCUACGACAGAGCAACUGCAACAAAAUUAAUGGCUAUCGAUCCACCAUUACCAACAAAAGUCGUGGGGAAUCACGUAGAACUCACGGUGAAGUUCCUGUUCAACCACGAUAGUUUUGAACGUGAAUGGAGUCGUGACAUCCAAGAUUGGGAGGACAGACGCAGAGGACUGAAAUUCAACAUGUUUUUUUAUAACGAAUAUUUGGGCAAAGUGGAAGUUCAAGAUGAUGAAGCCUGUAGGAUCAUCAAGCUCGUUGGAAAACUCCGAAACAUUUACAAGCACCGAUUGAUCGGAGAUCCAAUUAUCGUCACGGUUAAAGUGAGCCCAAUCAGGGAGUUUGUCCAAAGAAACUGCGAAGACAAUGCCAGUCCUUUGUUUUUUGUUCAUGGCGUGGUUGGUGUGGAAUACGUGAAGAGAUAG